AUGCUGUCCCGCUUCACUCGUAUGAGCUCCUUGGGUGCUCACCUUGUCUCAGGGUGCAGUGCACUCAGGGAUCCUCCAUCAGCUCCUAAGCCUGUACCCAAGCUCACAACUUCUGGUCGAUCUGGUUCUUUAAUAACUUCGAGUGAAAACAGCUCCGGCUGCUCACCGAUAUCGGAUCCCUUUCUGUGGCACGAUCAUGAGAACUUCCUCGCGGAGUUAUCGGAAUUGGACCACUUGAAAAAUGAUCUCUCUCCUAGGACAACGCCAGAGCGCGAACGUUCCACGUUGGACGACAGCGCAGAAUGGAAUAGUAUUCUACAUAGUAUGGAAUGGAUCGACAAGUUUGAAGCCCUAGAUAUUCCGAAAAUUGAAUCUGAUUGCUCAUCCGACUGUCCGGAAUCCACUUCGCAGGAUGAGACUAGUGAUUUUCUUGAUAAAACUGCUUCAUUAAUCGACUGGAAGGCGUGGAAUAGUUACUUGGGUGUAGAUGACGACUUGAAUUUGGAUGCGAAGCCUGAUGAAAAAGCUACAGGCGAGGAGCAAUCCCACUUGGGAGUUUGCCAAGCUGCAUCAGGUGAUGUUGAAGUGAAAACUGAAGGCGUUUCAUCAGAUCCAUAUGAGCCGAAGCCAGAGAACAUUGCCUUGAAUAGCAGGUUGAAUGAAAUUGAAAGCUCCAUAACCCGGUCGUCAGGUCCUCUGACGUGGCUACCCUGUGUUAAAGAGGAGGACCAAUGCUCUGAGCUCUCAGCCCGCUCUACACCAUCGUUAGGAGACGUGACCGCUCAAAUUAGGACGUUGAAGCGUCGUGGAGUGAAAAUGAAGCCUCCCGGUGAUGACGAAACUAAUCAUCGUCGCUGGCUGAAUCGUGAGGCUGCGUUCCGUUAUCGGGAAAGGAAGCGGAUAGAGCAGCUUGAACGAAAGAAGGCAGGCCUUUUAGGAUGUAAUAUGCCUCCCGGUGAUGACGAAACUAAUCAUCGUCGCUGGCUGAAUCGUGAGGCUGCGUUCCGUUAUCGGGAAAGGAAGCGGAUAGAGCAGCUUGAACGAAAGAAAGAACUAGAAGAUCUUCUCUACCGUAACAACUUCCUAAAACAGCAAGUGCGAGUGCUGUCUAAAGAGGUCGCGUUAUGGCAGGAAAAACUCAGUAGUGCGAACAUUUGA